GAAUUCCAGAGUUGGAAGGGAUCUGAGAGGUCACUAAGUCUUCCCAUCUCCCAGAGUGAUACAUGAAUCCAUCCUUACCAAUUUCCUGUUAUGUCGGGACAUGGGGGACUCAUAUGGAAAUCAAAAAAGUGGCUGAGGAGAAAGUCACUUUGCCUUGUCAUCAUCAACUGGGGCACCAAGAAAGAGACACCUUGGAUAUCGAGUGGCUGCUAACAGGUCCUGAUGGGAAUCAAAAAGUGGUGAUCACCUACUCCAGCCGCCAGGUCUAUAAUAAUUUGACUGAGGAGCAGAAGGGGCGCGUAGCCUUUGCUGCCAACUUCCUGGGGGGAGAUGCCUCCCUGCAGAUCGAGCCCCUGAAGCCCAGCGAUGAGGGCCAAUACACCUGCAAAGUGAAGAAUUCGGGGCACUAUGAGUGGAACCAUGUCAACUUGAAAGUCCUGGUGAAACCCUCUAAACCUAAAUGUGAGCUAGAAGGAGUGCUGACCGAGGGAGGGGACCUGACCCUGCAGUGCGAGUCAUCUUCAGGCACAAAACCUAUUCUGUACCACUGGCAGCGCAUCAAGGAAAAGGAGGGAGAAGAUGAGCACCUGCCCCCCAAAUCACGGGUUGACUAUGAAAACCCUGGGCGUGUUUUGCUGCAGAAUCUCACUCUGUCUUCUUCUGGACUGUAUCAGUGCACAGCAGGCAAUGAGGCGGGGAAGGAAAGCUGUGUGAUUCGAGUGACAGUGCAGUAUGUGCAGAGCAUCGGCAUGGUUGCCGGUGCAGUAACAGGUAUGGUGGCUGGAGCCCUGCUGAUUUUCCUCUUGAUAUGGUUGCUCAUCCGAAGGAAAGACAAAAAAAGAUAUGAAGAAGAAGAGAGACCCAAUGAAAUAAGAGAAGACGCCGAGGCGCCCAAAGCCCGACUAGUGAAACCGAGCUCCUCCUCGUCCGGCUCCCGGAGUUCCCGCUCUGGCUCCUCCUCCACUCGCUCGACAGCCAAUAGUGCCUCCCGCAGCCAGAGGACGCUGUCCAGCGAGGCUGCGCCGCAGCCGGGGGCCGCCUCCCACCCCUACAGUCUGGUGGGGUCGGAAACAAGAGCCCCCGAGCCAAAGAAAGGCCAUCACGCUACCCUGUCCAAAGUGGGGGCCCUACCCAGCACGGUCCCUAGUCAGAGCCGAGCCUUCCAAACUGUCUGA